AACAACUUUAUAAAUGUCCUCACAGUAAAACAAUCUUUGGCGAAAAGCAGUAUUUUUAUCGCUUUUAAAGCUUUAAAUCAUGGCUGAAUACGUUGCCGACAAGUUGGAUGCUGCUAGGCAUUCUAUAACGGGCUCAAACGUUUCAAAAAUCGUCUGCAAAGCUUCGAGUCGCGAGAUUUUUGGCCCUAAGAAGAAACAUCUCGACUGUAAGUUUAUGUAUCUAUUUAACAAACACCUGAGCUUAUUUUGAUGCUAAUUUUGUAGUCAUAUUUCUUUUGAAAGCCGUUUUACUUAGCUGCAUAAUAAGUAUAGGUAUCUGUCGUGUUUCAUUUGGUAUUCAACAGAGUUUUAACCGUAAAUUUCAUUCGUUUUUUAGACUUGAUAGCUUGCACAGAAUCGGACAAUAUUUCGGUGCCAAGCUUAGCAGAAUUGCUUUUUGAACGAAGCCAUAUGUCAAGCUGGGUGAUCGUGUCCAAAUCGCUUGUUACGUUUCAUAAUUUAAUGUCGGCAGGCAACGAGGUUAGAUUUCUUUUUAAUUCCCGUAAUAUUUCUAAACCACUACGUGUUUAAAAGUGUGAAACUUCAACGUAUAAUCGAAAUUAUUCAGGCGAAUUAAUUGCCCAACAAACAACUAUACUCGAGGCUGUAGGCAUGUUGUAAUAUUGAGUCGCCUGACUUGCCUCAUUGUCUGAUGAACUUCGAUAUUUCUAGGACUUUUUUUUAAGAAAUAUGAUAUCUUUUCGUUUUAUAUAAACUAGCUGUCAUAUAUCUUUAACUUUUCGACACCUGAACAACAUUGCGUUGAUUAAAUCAAAGUUAUUAUGGAAGAUCGGUCUAAUAUUAUUGCCAUUCAAAAUAUAGUGUUUUUUGCCUUGCUUGCUUUAAACAAACAAAAUUAAACAUUAAAUUACAGAAGAGUAGAAAACAGUCAUUUCUAUGUUUUUAUAGUGUACAAUUGUACAUUAUAUUAUAAGAUUUGUCUCAAAUAAUCUCAAACAAUACAUCAACUUGUUACAUUAUUAUUUAAAUGUGUGUAUAUAAAGAUAGUUUAAUAAGUAUUGUGUAUGUUGGUUUAGACAGAAGUAUGUAUUUUAUAAUUAUGGGGUAUCGUUGAGCGUUGAGUUGAGCUUUUGAACAGGUGUUCUUGUCAUUAAAAAAAUUGGCAAAGUACAAAUCCUGUUUGUCUGUAUGAGUUGACAAAGAAAUUUUGGCAAAGUAAUUUGAGAUCUUGCAUGCCGUUGGUCAGCGAUCUAUUGCUGCAAUAGCUAUUUUAAAAAAUAGCUAUUGAGUUGGUCAUAAAACCAAAAAAUUGUCAUUGAAAAUUUGUUAUGCAUACACACAUGCAAUUAUAGACAUACGAAAACUUGUCAGAACAUUUGCUUGUCUGUAUAUUGCAUACUGCAUGUAGCUUAUGGUCGGCCCAGUCUUUCAACAAGGUUGAUUGCUAUGUUUUGUCCGGACAAAAUGUCCGACCAAUUUAGCAUUUGGUUGGAAAAACUGUGAUUAGGUCAGAAAAUGUCCGACCGUUAUGUCAGGGCUCUGAAAAUAUAAUCAAUUGUAAUUUGUAGAGAUUUCUUCAAUAUCUGGCAUCGAGGACAACACUAUGGAAUUUAGAAAAUUUCCUUGAUAAGUCAGGAGUUCUAGGUAUGUUCUGAUAUAACCUUGAACGAUCUGUUCGGAUUCAUAGAGAUGCAACUAUCUGGAAAUACAAGGAGAACUUCAACGUUUCGAGCGAAGGCUCUUCGUGACUAACUUCGAUCCUGAUGAAGGGCCUUUGCUUAAAACGUUGAAAUUCUCCCCAUAUUUUUCAAGUAUGUAGUUGUGUCGCUAUUAAUCCAACGUUUUCUCAUGUUCUGAUAGUUUGAUAUAGUUUCUGAAAUCCUUACACCAUUUAAUUUCCAAUUUCUUGUGUGGGGGAGGUGUGGGUGUUAAAUCACUGGAAUGACCCAACAAUUUUUUUCACAAAGGCUAUGAUAUGUCGACGUUUAUCAGAAGAUAUUCCCAUUAUCUAACAAAGAAGGCGCAUACUUAUACAGAGGCUGGUUAUGAUUUUUGCCGAAUCGGCCGUGGGUAGGUGAUUAUAUGCUAAUGAUCAUUGUUUAACCCUUUAAGUGACAAUGCGGCCCACUUUAUUAUUUUACUCUUUCUAAUGCCAGACAAUUUUACUCAUCAGGGGGAGAGUGCUGCCACUCAAUAAUGGGUUAACACAUUAAAACUUAAUACAUGUGUCAUUUGCUGUUAGGCUGAUAUGCCAUAUUGAAACAAUCAAUAUAUCAAUAUUGAGAAAAAAAAAUCGAUAAUAUCGACUACAAUGUGUAUCACAUCACAAAUAGCAUGAAACAAAAGGUCAUCAUUUUUAUCACUUUUCCAGUAAUUCCAAACAGGACUUUGUUGAUUCGACAUAUUGUCUGGACUUUCCUUAAGUUUGCAACAGAACAGCGAGUUAGAGAAUGAACUGUGAUAUUUCAAUACUUUGUUUGUUAAACCAGCGCCGAUACAUGCCAUUAAGAUUAUUAUUCAAAGUAGUACAGAUUCCAUCUUUAUGAGUCAUCACACAGUUAUUAUUUUCAAGCACUCAACCAUUUGUGUGGGUGGUGAUAUUCUGUGAUGAUACUUUCUUGAAAACAAUUUGCAAUUGCCAGUUGUCUAGUUAAAAUGUUUGAUGUUUUUGAUAUUUUUGAAAUAUCGAUAUUUAUCAAAAAUAUCGAUAUUUCACAUCAACAAAAACGCAAUGUGUAUUGACAUGCAAUGUAUAUAAUUUAUAAUUAAAAUUUUCUGAACAAUCGGUUUUACACAAUCGAAAAAUAUAGAAUUCUACCAAUUUUGAUUGCCUACGAAUAAGGCACAAAUCGGCCCGAUACCGAUUAUUGGUCAAUCACUAAAGAAUUCUUAUAGGAAAUUUUAUUGCUAUGAAAGUUCACAUAGAUAUUUCUAUAGAAAUGUUUUUGUAAGGGUUGUCCUAUCUCCCUUACCUUGGAGCUGCUUAAAGUGCUCUGCCUGAGCAUCUGGUCAUAACAGUUAGUGCUGUAAACACGUCUAUCAUCGAUGACAAACCAAUGUUGCUUUUUUUUCAUACACAGACAAAACGGACAAAUUAGAAAAAUGGACACACCAAAGGUAUUGUUUGGAAUUCAAACAGUCAAACUUUUUCUAUGUGCCGUUGAAAAAUUUUCACAUGAGAUUUGUAUUUUUAGAUUUUGAAAGCAUUACCACAAAUCCAGCAACAAGUUGAUUCUCUAUUGGAAGUUGAUGUUCAGUCAAUUGAGUUGGGAAAUGCCGUGAUAAACAGUGCAUUCGUCAUGCUGUUCAAGGUAACUUUCUUUGAUUCUUGUAUUAAUUAAUCCUGUAUAUCCCAUUCAGUGGCAGAGGCGGACCUGCCGUGAGGUACAGGGGAAUUGCACCCCACCUUGUUGUGUCUAGCACCACAGCCCCCCCCCCCCUAGAGAAGUCCAGCACCACCUUAAAAUCUGCUUGACUGUAUAGACUUUUCAAAUAGUGAUUGGUGAAACCUCUACUGCUACUGUUGUUGCAGACUGCAGAGGAGAGUGGGCAGUUAGGCUCCCUCAUGCACCACCCCAUGGAAAACCUGCACCCCUCCUUGCAAAUGAGGCUAGAUCUGACUCAUGUUGAGUGGCAAUUGAUUUUGAGUCUGCUACUUUUUUCUGAUUUGCAAGUUAUUAUAUUAAAUAUUAUUGUGAUUCAUUUUUUAGGACUUGGUGAAGCUUUUUGCUUGCUAUAAUGAUGGAAUGAUUAAUUUAUUAGGUUAGUAUGUUGUGCAAAUUAUAAUCAGUGCCCAUUUCAAAUGUCUCUAGAAUAGCAUUUCUUGCAUUCAGAGACUAGUUCUCAAGAGAAAGAUCAUAAGUUUCAAGAAAGCAAUUUUUAUCAUGAUACCAAUCAUUGCACCCCCCUCAGAAGACCCACACCCCACCCUAACGCUAAACAUUUGCAUAACUUAGAGCCUUAAACGGACACCAAAACCCCUUUGGCAUACACGUUGAAAAUGUCGCCUCCUCCCCCAAUAUUUUGUGAAGUGUCGACCACUGAUUAAACCACUGUAAACCAUUUUGCCAUCAAGAAAUCUACUGUACAAUAUUAAAGACAUGUUAUAAGCUGGAAUGUUCUGUAUGACCUGUAGAAAAAUUUUUUGAAAUGAAUAAGAAAAGCUGCAAAGAAGCUUUGGAAAUCUACAAAAAGUUUCUAUCAAGAAUGGAUAGUGUGAAAGAAUUCCUCAAAGUGGCUGAGGUAGGAAAUGAAUGGCUUCUUCUUGUACUACAAUAUCCUUUAUAUUCUCAUUGUACAUAGUCUGUUAACAACUGAGCUACAGAGAGACCGUCGUGAAGCUCUAAGGUAAUUUGUACAUGAACUUGUGGUUAGAGCUCGCUGCUCGACAACUGCCUCUCUGUAGCUCAGUUGUUUAGAGCGCUGCACCAGAAUCGCAGGGCCGCAGGUUCGAUAACUGCCAGAUGGUCGAUAGUUGCAUUUUUCACAGCUGCCCCUUGUUAGCGUAGGUUGUUGCAAUGAGCAUUAGUUCAGUACGCUUAGAAGAAACAGAUUCAGCUUUCAGAUACAAAUUACAGUAUACGUUAGCUCAGUCUUAGAGUUCAUGCCGUCGGUAGACUAUAUACAGGCUGUCUCAAAAAAAUGCCCCCAUUUAUAUUUGAUGCUUAUUUUGAUAAUUCAAAUAUGAAUGGAUUAAAACGAUAGGAUAAUCAUUUUAUCUAGUAUAACAAUCUGAAACUUGCAAUACUACAAUACAUUACAAAACAUAUAGUGGGGCCAAAAGCCUGUAUAGAUUUGUUAAUGAAGUUAUGAUUGUUUUUUCAUGCAUGGGUUUAUGACAUAAAGUCAGAAGGUAUAAUUGUUAUGUCUUAUGAGCCGAUUUUUUGGCAAUAUUUAAAUACACAAACAUUGAGGCAUGAUAUUUUUCCGUAUAUUUCAAAAACAAUUUCGUGAAAUUAAUUGUGUACAGUCAGAUAAUAUUUUAUCACGUGUCUUGUUGGUUGUCGUGAUAGGACUAUAGAUUGACAGAACUCUUUACGCUUUAUGGACAGAGAUCAAAGGUAACUGCGAAUUAAAUAAAUAAAUAAAAUAUCAGUAAAUUAAUAAAUAUAAAUAAAUGUAUAAUUUUAAAAUAAUUACUAAAUUAAUUAAAUAUACUAAAUUACUAUAAUAUAAAUAGCCUAAGAUUUUGCUUCAAGAAAUUAACACGAUUAAAAUACCCAAAUAGGUUACUGCCUACAUAUUUAUCUUAAACUUGUAAAUGAUAUGUUAUUAUGUACUGUUUAAAACACAAGCAAAAGUGCUUUAUCAGAAUGAUAUAAAACACCGAGUGUUAAUAUACCUGUAUAUAUAUAAAAUGCCGAGUGUUUUAUAUCUGACAAAGCACACGAAAUGCCAUGCAAGUGUUUUGAAUGGCCUAAAAACGACCCAUCUUAUGAGUUCAAAAUAAACAUUGUCUAUAAAAACCGAGAAAAUCAAAGCUAAAGUUUAUGUAAAUUAACAUGAUUUUUUAUCACAUAUAAAACUACUGUUUUUUAAUUGUUAAUGAAGCAUGUUUAAUGAUAAAUUGGAUUACAUGUACAUAUAAAUUUCAGGCAAUCAUUACAAAGUUAUAAAGCAGUAAAAAUUUAAACUUUCCACGAAAAAGUCUAAAGUUAAAGACAAAGUAACAAAUUAUGUACGUGGCUGAUUUGCUUUUAAAAAGAUCCAAAUGUUAUAUUUAAGUUUUGUUGUGAGAACGCAUCGCGUUUUAAGAAAUAUUUUGGAUUAGGUAUAUGAUGAACACAUACUAUAUGGUACUUGAGGAAUGAGAUAUCUUUGCAAUAGAUGGCAUUUUAGUUUUCUAUUUAUCUUUUUAAUAGCAUUUUAAAAUAGGAAACCAUAGGAAUGUUUUCUGUCAUGCAGAGCAAGGAUAGGUAGAAAGGAAGAAACAGAUUGUCACAGUUUUGUUUAACAGAACGUGAGAAUAAUAUACAAGAAUAAUUUCAGAAUUGUCGUGUUUAAAUAGUUAAUCAUUUUUGUCCUUCCAUUUCAUGCUAAAUUGUUCUCUAUUUAAAUCAUUGAAUAUAUGUAUAUUACAUCUAGGAUGUUGGAAUUAACCCAUCAGACAUCCCUGAUCUCACCAAGGUAAAUGAAGUGACUAAAUUUUAAAGUGCCUAUGCUAGAAUUUUUUAUGAUUGAAUUGCAAAGUUUAUUUAAAAUCAUAAUGCAACUUUUUUUUAAUUAAACUUUGUUAUCUUUCCUGUAGAUCAAGAUAUUGGAAAUAUGACUUAAAUGACGUCUUGCAUGCAAAUAUGACUUAAAUGACGUCACAGAAGACUGUUUUUAGCUUGAUAAAAUUGUCAUUAACUUAAAUUUGCAGACGAAAUAUAGUUCUUAAAGUAUAUAACAUUCAAUGUCAGUGGAAUUAUCACAUGUUUGGCAAGGAAGCGUUAUCUUUCUAAGAACUCAUAACGUCAUUUAAGUCACAUUUGCAUGCCAAACAAAGUCAAAUAUCUUGAUAUACAGGAAAUACGACAAAGUUUUAGGAAAAAAGUUACAUAUGACUUUAAAUGAACUUUGCAAUUCAAUCAUAAAAAAUUCUUGCAUAGGCACUUUAAUUAAAAAUUUUAUUUUUUAAAAAAAAAAAUAGAAUUGCCUUGUUUUAAAAUUACUGUGCUUUUAAUGUUAGGUUAAAAUGUGUUGUUUUCUUUUCAGGCUCCGAGCAGUCUUAUGGAAGCGUUAGAAAGUCAUUACCAGUCUCUUGAAAAGGGGAAGGUUCCCGUUGCAUCUUCCAAGUAAGAAUGGAUAAUGUUUAAAACCUGUUUAACACUUGCAAUUUUAGGCGUCUUGUGAUGGACACUGUUUAAUUUCAUGUAACGUAAAAGCUAUAAAAGCUAUCGCAAUGAAAUAAAGAUCAUUGCAUACAGAAACGACUAACUUAGAUUUUGAUAUGUAACACUUGAAUUUACAUGCAAUAUUGACUGCGCUGUUGAUGUUUGAACGUUGAACUACUGUUUUUGAAAAUGCCAAAAAUUAGCAUAGAACAACCUUAUAAUUAUCGAUGUAGUUAUACUUGUUAAAUAAUAAAUAUUUUUAUUUUGGUUAUAUCUCGCUCAAUUGUGCAUGUAAAUUGAAGUGUUAUAUAUCAAAAUCUAAGUUAGUCUUUUCUGAAGGCAGUGAUCUUUAUUUCAUUGUGACAGCUUUUAUAGCUUUUACGUUAAAUGAAAUCAAACAAUGUCAAGUUUUUUUGGGGGACCCGGUGUAAAAUAAAAUUUUGAGAGUACAUUCCAAAACCACAUGUUACUCGUUGUUUCUCGUUGCAUUUAGACGUCCCAAUUUGCAGCCAAUCAACGUGCCUCAAUUAACGACAGAAAGUUUAAACAAUCCAAUCAAAUUCGAGGACUACAAGAAGGAAGAAUUGAUCAAAGAAGAAGAACAUAGAUUAAAUUCAUUCAAGGUAGAAUGUCGAUUUGCUCC